CCAAGCUGAGCGGAGCCCAGGCAAUCGCAGCGUUUCCUUUCUCCCAGGCGCGCCGUGAGGUUGGGGAAGCUGCCGCAGAGUCUGCCUCCGGCCCUACAGCCCUACAAUCCACCAGCCCAGCUCUUCCUCUUGCUCUGUGCCCCAGACUCGCCAUGCUAAUCCCCGGCCGACGGCUUCGGUGCUGUCCAGCGUUUCCCAGCAUGCGCCCCCGUUGAGGCUCCCCCUUCCCGCGCCCUUGAGCGCCAAGGGCCCCCCAGCCCUACACUCCCCUUCCCUCCCCUUUCCCUCCUCCUCCCCAGCCUUGAGGGCCCUGCGCGCCCAGCCUCCCAGUGAGUUGGAGCGCAGCCCGGGGGGCCAGGAUGGUGCAGAAAUCCCGCAAUGGGGGAGUCUAUCCGGGGCCCAGCGGAGAGAAGAAACUCAAGGUGGGCUUCGUUGGGCUGGACCCUGGGGCCCCCGACUCCACCCGGGACGGGGCACUGCUUAUUGCCGGCUCGGAGAGCAGCAAACGCGGCAGCAUCCUCAGCAAGCCUCGCUCGGGCGGCGCCGGUACUGGCAAACCCCCGAAGCGCAAUGCCUUCUACCGCAAGCUGCAGAAUUUCCUCUACAACGUGCUGGAGAGACCCCGCGGCUGGGCCUUCAUCUAUCAUGCUUAUGUAUUCUUGCUGGUUUUCUCCUGCCUGGUGCUGUCAGUCUUCUCCACCAUCAAGGAGUAUGAGAAGAGUUCAGAAGGUGCCCUCUACAUCCUGGAAAUUGUCACCAUUGUGGUUUUUGGAGUGGAGUACUUUGUGAGGAUCUGGGCUGCUGGCUGCUGCUGUCGCUACCGGGGCUGGAGGGGGAGACUGAAGUUUGCUCGAAAACCCUUCUGUGUCAUCGACAUCAUGGUGCUGAUAGCCUCAAUUGCUGUGUUGGCUGCGGGAUCCCAGGGCAAUGUGUUUGCCACUUCAGCCCUUCGGAGUUUGAGAUUCUUGCAGAUUUUGAGGAUGAUUCGAAUGGAUCGGAGAGGAGGGACCUGGAAACUCCUUGGUUCAGUGGUGUACGCCCAUAGCAAGGAGCUGGUCACUGCCUGGUAUAUCGGUUUCCUCUGCCUCAUUCUGGCCUCCUUCUUGGUGUACUUGGCAGAGAAAGGCGAGAAUGAUCACUUCGACACCUACGCGGAUGCACUCUGGUGGGGCCUGAUUACUUUGACUACCAUUGGGUAUGGUGAUAAGUAUCCUCAGACCUGGAAUGGACGACUAUUGGCUGCUACUUUCACUCUUAUUGGAGUCUCCUUCUUUGCUCUCCCUGCUGGAAUUUUAGGUUCAGGGUUUGCUCUGAAGGUCCAAGAACAGCAUCGUCAGAAGCACUUUGAGAAGAGACGAAAUCCUGCAGCCGGCCUGAUCCAGUCUGCUUGGAGAUUCUAUGCCACUAACCUCUCUCGGACAGACCUCCACUCAACCUGGCAAUACUAUGAGCGCACCGUCACCGUCCCCAUGUACAGACUGAUUCCACCUCUCAACCAACUGGAGCUCCUCCGAAACCUCAAGAGCAAAUCUGGACUCACUUUCAGGAAAGAACCUCAGCCUGAGCCAUCACCAAGUCAGAAGGUCAGUUUGAAAGAUCGUGUCUUCUCCAGUCCCCGAGGCGUUGGUGCCAAGGGGAAAAGUUCUCCGCAGGCCCAGACUGUCCGGAGGUCACCCAGCGCAGACCAGAGCAUUGAGGACAGCCCAAGCAAAGUGCCCAAGAGCUGGAGUUUUGGGGAUCGAAACCGAGCUCGGCAAGCAUUCCGGAUCAAGGGUGCAGCAUCGAGGCAGAACUCCGAAGAAGCAAGUCUCCCAGGAGAGGACAUUGUGGAUGACAACAAAAGCUGCAACUGUGAGUUUGUGACAGAAGAUCUGACUCCAGGCCUGAAAGUCAGCAUCAGGGCAGUGUGUGUCAUGCGCUUCCUUGUUUCCAAACGGAAGUUCAAGGAGAGCCUAAGGCCCUAUGAUGUGAUGGAUGUCAUUGAACAGUACUCAGCUGGACACCUGGAUAUGUUAUCCCGGAUUAAAAACCUUCAGUCCAGGAUAGAUAUGAUUGUGGGUCCCCCACCCCCUUCAACUCCCCGGCAUAAGAAGUACCCCACCAAAGGACCCAAAGAAUCGCCCCAAUACUCGCCUAGAGUGGACCAGAUUGUUGGACGGGGACCAGCAAUUACUGACAAGGACCGUACUAAGGGGCCAGCAGAAGCAGAGCUGCCUGAAGACCCCAGCAUGAUGGGCCGCCUUGGGAAAGUGGAGAAACAGGUUCUCUCCAUGGAGAAGAAGUUGGACUUCCUGGUCAACAUUUAUAUGCAGCGGAUGGGCAUCCCUCCAACAGAAACCGAAGCCUACUUUGGUUCCAAGGAACCAGAACCUGCCCCUCCCUACCAUAGCCCAGAGGAGAGCCGGGAGCACAUCGACAAGAACGGCUGUAUCAUCAAGAUCAUCCGCUCCACCAGCUCCAUGGGGCAAAAGAAUUUCUCUGCCCCUCCAGCACCGGCCAUGCCUUCUAAUACAUGCCCCCCAUCUACUUCGUGGCAGCACCAAGCCUAUCAGCGACAGAGCCAUGGGUCCUCUCCAGUAGGAGAUAAUGGUUCUUUAGUCCGAAUCCCCCCACCACCAUCCCAUGAGCGGUCCCUGUCUGCCUACAGUGGGGGUAACCGGGCUAGUAUGGAGUUCCUCCGUAAUGAGGACAUGGCUGCCAAGCACCAUGAGAGUGCCUUGAGGGACAGCGACACCUCAAUCUCUAUCCCUUCAGUGGACCAUGAGGAACUCGAGCGUUCCUUCAGUGGCUUUAGCAUUUCCCAGUCCAAGGAGAACUUGGACAUGCUGAACAGUUGCUAUGCAGCUGUAGCACCUUGUGCGAAAAUCAGACCCUACAUUGCAGAAGGGGAAUCGGACACUGAUUCUGACCUUUGCACACCCUGUGGCCCCCCACCACGGUCAGCCACUGGGGAGGGCCCCUUCAGUGACAUGGGCUGGUCAGGCCCUCGAAAAUGAAGCACUUGCGACCCAACCAGCUAUCGGUUCAUAUUGUCCACAUGUUGAACUCUUUUCCAGAGGACUGACCACCAAGGAUUUGUGUUUCAGAAACCCACUUGGCUCUGGGACACUCUCUAAUAGCUGUGUUGAGUGCAUAGGGUGGGGGAGGGUUAGGGAGGGUGGUAAGAUUGGGACAGAGGCUGGCUCAGAAACCCUCUUCCUUGCAGAAGGGUCAAUUGGGUAAUAGUACCCACAGGAGACUGGAUCAAUUCUGUCCUGUCUUUCUGGGUGCACUAUUUAAGGGAGGGGUGUGAAACUAUGUCUUGAUACAGGGUAGACGAGUGGAGUUUCUUGGUAUCAGCCAAGCAAGGUUUUACAAAAAAUCAUUUUAUUAUAAGGUAAUAAUUGUUCCAUGGGUAGAAGUUUAUUUAUUACCUCUGGGGUUCUCUGUGAUGACAAAGCGAAUACACAAUCCCUGCUGUCUUGUACAACAGGUUUUUUUUUUUGACAGAAAUGGUAGACUCUUAAGUGGACUCAAAACUUUUAGCUCAACAUUCAUCAGUGGGAGAGUGGGGGUGAUGGCAGUGGGAUGUGAGAGACCCUUGGAGGUGGCUCUGUAAGUGGAUUGGUUAUGGCUUUUGGACCUUUGGUCUGAGAAUUCUUGAAGCUGAAAAAUGUGAGUGGUUUAGGAAAAUUUGGAAGAAAGGUCAAAAUUGUAAGUGGUGAUACAAGAGAGAUCUAAGAAUUUUAGAAAAUGGAAUUAGGAGUUACAUUUAAGCCAUGUAUUAUACUAAAUUGGAUAACCCCUUUUGUCUUUCUGCUUCCAAAUAGUACAGGCAUUUUAGGGUGUGACUAUGUAUUAGUGGGUUACUGACUUGAGUUUUUCUAUGUGGAUCUUACCCAUGCCCUGUAAAGAGUUUGGCAGCAAAAAGAAGUGUGAGGAAGGCAGGAAGAUAAGUGGAGAGGAUGAAUUUAGAAGCCUUUUUUUUUUUAAUGUAGCUCCCCAGGGAGUGGGUUUUUAAUGUGGUGAGUGAUGAACAGUCAGGUGACUGACUAGCUUUUACCACAGUCCCUUUUUGGACAUAUUCAUGGUUGUGCCUAGAAGUGUUUACCUCUCACUGACACGUUGAAAAAGUUUGCUUCCCCGAUGCCAUAACUUAGAUUCCCCUCAGCUCUCUGCCUUUGUGAAAUGUUUCCUCUCCUCACCAUCUUGAAGCAGGGAGGGAAUCUUCUUUCCUUAUUCUCUUGAGAACAAGUCUACCAAACUGCCAGUUGGCUUCUCUCCCCAUCUGUUUCUUCAUUCCUGAAGCAGAAUUGAUGCUGGGCCUAUGUACAGGACCUCUAUUGAAAGCUGAGGAAGGGCAGGAGCAUCAGUGAGACAGGUUUCAUUGGGGACCAAAACAAAGACACAAAGUGAUCUUUUCACUCUCUUAAUAUCCACUGGACUAACUCCCCUGGCAAAGGAUGGGAAGGAGAUGGUAGGAAAAGAGAGGUGUAGCAAUAAUGUCACCAGACUUUCAUAUACUUGCUUAGAAUUGCCCUGCCCCUCUAUCUUUUUUUUUUUACUAAAGUACUCUAUCCCUGGGAUUGUGGGGCCUCCUUAAAGGCUAAAAUUAUGGGCACCUUUGAGCCCUGGCCUGGACUUUACAUUCUCCAGUUAGCACUCUGGGGGCAUACAGAUAAGAUAUCAACAGGUAAGAAGAGUUCAGAGAUUAAGAUUCCAAGGCCACUUCAGUCCUGUUGGGAAUAAAAGUCCCUGUUCCUGCAAGGCCACGUUCAACCCUUUGGGAAAGCUUCUCUCCUCAGGGAUAUUCUUUCUUUCACUAUGCUGACUUGGCAUAGAAACAAAAAGACAGAGAAUGGCUAUGUUUGGGCUUUGGCUUUAAAGGUUAUAAUAUAACUUGGAUAUGAAAAGACAUUGCUGAAUGUGGAAACCUAGAACUCUCUGAGGAAUGUCAGGAAAAUCCAUUGUGUUUACAACCAACUUCAUGUUUUAGCUAGUGACCAUCCUUGUAAUUUAUUGGGAAAAUAUGUCUGAGCAAGGUAAACAAUCUGCACUGUAUUUGAGGAGUCUCUCCCACAUUCCACAGAGUAGGUCCCAAAGGAUAGCACCGUACUAGACUCCAGGGACAAUAUUUUUGUAAUUUGGCGCAUGCUAUAAGGACAGUGGGCUGUUCUUGUCUUACUCUGUCUCCGUUGAUACUUAGAGAGGACUCCAUGUCAUUAGCAGCUGGGACAUGACAAGCAGCACAGGAAGCUCUUUAAAGGGUCAGGAUGUCCUUGAUCCUCUAUUCUUUCUAUUUCACUGAAAUAGAAUCUGCCUGAUUCUCCCCUUUAUCUAGCUCUACCACAUAGUGAAGAAAUUAUGUUGGAAAGCCAGCUCAGUGGGGGCUCUUUCUUAAUUUCUUAUCUUGGACAAAAUGCAGAAGAUCAGCCUUUCUUUUCCUACUCUUUUCUCUCUGUAUGUAGGGUGGAAAGCAGACUCAUUUCUUUGCUUUGUUUGGUAAGGGGCUGCCCAGCUCAGGGUAUCUCUUUUGUAGCUGGUUCUGCAACAUGAAAUAGGGAUAUCUGGCCCUUUGAUGUACCUAUGAUAGAUGUGAGUACUCUGUCCAGUAAUACAGAUGACAACCCCGCCAUGCCUGCUCUUCCUAUGCAAAUCUUGCCCAGGCCCCCCUAGAAAUUGCCAUGGAGGGAGGUGCACCCAACGUACUGGAGGUCUUCCUUUAGACCUCCUGAUAGCCAUGGUGCCGCCAAGGGCUGGUCAUCAUGCACUGUGCAUCAGUUCUUCCUCACUCUGUGUGACCAGUCCUUUUCUUUUGUUUCCCCCUGGUUAUAUGUCUCUCUGGUGACAUCCCUCUCUCUUAAAAUAUAAACCCUAUUUCAUCUUUCAUAAAUGUAAAGACAAAAUAGAUGAAACAGAGAAAGAUAAAACCCAUUUUAAAUGUUGAGAAAUUUUCCUCAAGCCAAAAAAUAGCGCUACUUAGGAUUUUCCUCAGUUUUGGUUAAUUAAAGACCAUCCAUCCAUGUUCUAAAUGUUGGAUUUGGGAAUGUCUCUUCUGGAGUAAAUGCUUGCUUUAAAGAGAAACUUUUAAAGAAGUAUUGUGGAAAACUGAGAAUUUAACAAAGGCUUCAUAUUCCUUUUGAGUUGUGUGGGGACAUGGUUUAGGAGGAGUGUGGCUGCUGAAGGACUCUAGUGCUUGAGGGCAAAGCCUCUGUCCUACAGACUGGUUAAUAUUGGGUUCGGUAAUCUUGUACCUUCAAAAGUCUUUCUUGCAGAGACAAUAUGUUGUAUCUUUAUUGUAUUUUUAAGAGAGGCAAUGGAAUUUUGGGAUUAUACAAAAAUAACUUCCCCCAUGGGCUAAGACUAUGGGAUAGUCCUGCUUUUGACUUAUCUGUGUGCUGAUAAAAGCUAACUAAUUUCCUUUUCAAACAUUUUCCAGGAAAUACACUAAAAUUUAGACUUCCCCCUUCAAAAUAUCUUAGUUAAAUCAGUCUUGAAUUGAACUAAAGCACUCAUCCUGAUGGUGUUUCUUAACAUUAGAGUACACAGUGCAUACUCAUUGCCAGAUAAAAUUUUUAUUUCUAAUUUUGGCUUCUUGCUUCUGGCACAAAAGCAUGUCCUUUGAAAGCAGCUCCUUGGGCAUAGCUACAUUUCCCUUGCUUUGGGGAGGUAUUAGGCAGAAAGGGAUAAUUAAACUCUAUCUGAAACAGCAAGUUUCAACUUCUCUAGUUGGUCUUCAGGCCUCACUCCUUCCCCUGCAUCCCAGGAGAAUGGCCAGGGCUAGCAUAAAACCCUUUCAUCUGAUAACUUGUUCCUGUCCACCAUUUUUUUUUUUUUGCUAAGUGGAGCUGGUCUGACUACCUCUCCCACACUUCUGUGACUGUUCUUCUGCGGGUUCUAUGGGACUGUGAGGUAAAUGGAUGUAUUCCUCUCUUCCUCCCUUCCCUAACCCAUGCCCAGCCAAAGCACAGCUAUAGGCCUGCCCCAUAAGCCAGAUGUGCCAGCUGAAGUUUUUCCAAUGAAGGGGAUGAUACUAGAAUAGGCUGCCCCAGGGAUCAAUAUAGAGGGGAAUACUUUGGAGAAGAAACUUAACCCUUGCCACCAAAAUUGGCCACUAGAAACUGUGGCCUUGAGGGUCUGGACCAAAGACUAAAUUUUAUAUCAACCUGCAAAGUAUCAUAUUUUAUUCUACCAACUCAAGAACGCUCAAGGACUAAUGGCUACAUUUGAUAAUUAAAUUUAAUUUGAAAGGAUAUUGUGCUUAUCCUUUCAUGAAGCCUUAUGGAGCUACUCUUGACUUGAGUGAACAUGGAAUGGUUGCAUUCUCUUUGGCUUUAUCAUCUUCUAAGAAAAUUCUCUCUUGGAUCAAUUGUGACUUGCAUUGCUGUCUCCCUACUCACAUCCUCUCUUAUCAGAGCCACCAUGUGGAAGUUCUCAGUGGACUAAAGUAAAUUCCUUGCCACCAGAAUCCUUAAAAUGAAACAGGAGAUUUCCAUGCAAAUUUUUUUAGGGCAUUUGGAAAGACUGUUUGUUCCCUAAGUAUGACACUUUCCUUAAUCAGCAAAAGCUAUCUGGGAAACAACAGCUUUCUUUGGGACAUGACAAUUGGAGUGGGGACAGCCCUUCACAUUGGGAGCAGAACAGAUGUACCAGCCAGUGUAGACAUCAAUGAAAGUACUUUAGCUAGGGUAGAUAUAAUCCCACACUGGGUUUUUUUGAAUGAUAGAACUGAUUUAUUAUUUUUCCAAAGCCUCACAGGAGUAAUUUGGUCUCACUGAAAUCUGUAUUUAAGACCAGAGCACCCGCUAGCCCUGUGACAAUCUAGAUUUCUCCUGUAUUGUCCUAGGGUGAACAUUAUUUCUCCAGGAGGUUUCAAAAUACAAUUAGUAUAUAUAUGCAUUAUUAUUCUUCCUGGGUGUGUAUCUGUAGCCAACAUUUCAUUUGCACACUCUUGCUUGCCUUAGACUGAUUGCCUCUAGCAGGAGAAAAAUACUCAAUAUUUUGAACAAUAUUAACCAAGCUCAUAUUAUAGCUCUUGGCCAGAGCCAAUCACUUGCAGCUAGCUUCUAUUCAGCCAUCCAGGGACAAAAGAAAAGUAUAUUUUACACAUUUGAAUGACUUUUCCAGCCUAUCUCACUCUCAGUUUUGCUUAUGCAUGCCAUUGGAGAUGGGUAGAGGUAAUAGCUUUUGGCACCUAUGUCUCUUCUUUCGAAGUGCUGUAGAUUUUUUAAACGGUAAAUGAAAACAACAGGUUUAAAUUAUGCUUCCCAUAGUCAUGCAGAGCUCUGACAAUUCAAUGAAUUUUUUUUUAUAGGUAGCAUUGAAGCAAUUAGUUUCAGAUGCAUGAACAUUAAAAUCUGGGUUUUAUUACAUGGAACAAAGUUUUUCUAGUAUGUGUCCAAUGGAAGUAACCAUACUUCAAUGAAUGAAUGGGGGAAAUAAUUUUAUCUGAUUUUUAAUCAAAAUCUAAUAAUUUUUAUUAAAUAAUUUUUAUCUAAUCAUCACAUUUUAACAGAUAGAGAAAUGAUGUUCAAAUGCCAAGUAGCUCUUUUUACGCAGGACAAACCAAGGGCCUAUGGACUUAGACUGUAGCAAAAGAGAUCAGAUGGUUGAGACACCUUGCAAGGUGUAGCAAGGGUAGGUUUUGAAGUCUCUUUGUCCGAGAGGUUUUUUAAUCCUUUGGGUAUAGCUAUCUUUGUGGGAUGUUUUGAUGCAGUGCUUGCUAGGGAAUACUGGUUGAUUGCGGUUAGGGAAAUUAGUUAGGGUCCUCUCCAGCACCUUUGGCCUCUGAAUGUUAUUUAACAUCUCCUUUAUUAUAGUUUAUCUAUUUAGGUUAAAUUACUUCAAAGUUGUGGUCUUGCCUUAGAUCAGUUGUGUGUCUGCACUGAGCUCAGUGGUCAUCAAGUCUCCUACAGAUAUAUGAAGGGGGAGUGGAGCUGAGCUUCCAUUCCAGAUUCUUUGUGGUAUUGAAAUGAGUUCUUAUUUUCUCCUCACAAAUACCAAGCAUGUGAAAACGAAUGUGAGUGUGAGUGUGAGUGCGUGUAUUUGUGUAUGAAUGUAUGUUUGUGUCUCAGUAAAUGAUUAUUUGUGUCUCUUUGGCAUAUGCGUGUAUAGAGAUAAGUGAGAGAAUCAUAUCCACAGUUCAAAAGGGCAAUAAAGAAAAUACAAAGCAAAAAAAAAAAAAAAAGGAGAGAGAGAGCGAGAGCGAGCUGUUUGCUUAUGCCAAGUUCUCGUGCUGCACCUCUGCCAUGGGAGGAGGGGAAAGCAGCCCAUCCCACCCAGCAUCGUGCAUGGGCAUGUCCCUAAAGCCCUGCUUGAGCUUAGACUUUUACCAGGCUUUGAAUAAUGCAUGAGUGCUCUGAAUGAGCAUGUGAGCCUGAACAGAGGGGACAACCGGUGCUUUUCAAUCUCUAGCCCUGUGGUGACAUAUUUUAUUCUUCCUGCUUAUUGUUCCCAGCACAUGGUCCAGUCCCUGAGCUGGUAGGAGGAGGCUAGAGGCAGGUCUGUGCAAAAGCUGAUUUGUAGGGAGGUUCCCCAGAAACCAGAGCCAGAAUAGAGUAUUUGUAUGCCCUAGGCAAGGCUUGAAAAUUUUGCAUCCUGUUUGUAUUACUAUCCACAAGAGCCUUUGAGCUGUCAAUCUAAUACAAGUGGCUUAUCACCAAAUAAAUACCUAUAAUCCACAGAGAACAGAAUUUUAUAUGUGCAUUUAUAAAAGAAAAAUAUAUUUAAAAGUGACUCUCUUCAUGCCUUCUGCAUGUUUCAUGCUCAACAGCUAUUUUGCUGGCUUCUCCAUUGUCAGAAAGCAAUCUCAGGCCUUUGAGCUCCCCUGGCAAGUAGUGGUUGGAGCUGGUAUCUCUGUUUUCACCAUGAAAUAGUGCAAUCACUACUCAUGAUCAGUGGGUGAAAAACACUUUUAGGACAACUUAUUUGGAGUCUCAGAAUUUUUUUCCAGACCUCCAAUGCCCCAGUUUAUCAUCUCUUAUGAAGGACGUAUAUGAACUGUAGUGGGUCUUCUGUGGUAGAGAUGGAACACUGCCAUACUCUUGCCUGAGGACAGCGCAGGCCUGCCUUUUAUAACUUGUGAAUUUGUACAUCCUUGGUCUAUUCUGUUCUUUGUAUUUAUAUAUUUAAAGCCCACUCACCCACUUCUUUCCUUACAUAUGGAACGAAGCAAGCAGAGAUUAAAAACUAAGCCAAAACCUAGGAGUUUGAAGUAUUUUAAAAACUAUUUUUCCUGUUCUAUUCCAACAGGUUAUCCAUUUAUCUACUACAUAGAUAUGUCAAUAUCAGGCAAAAUAGAUAAUGAAAAUAGCCAUUUGAGUGUCUGGUAAGUUCAAUGAGUCAAAAGUAGGGCAUGCCAUCCCCCAAAGAGCUGGACAAUUGUAGCUUGUUUUAAGAAAGGCAGAGCAUUCUGACCAAAGGAAGUGAUUUUCAGGCUUGUAUUUGGCCAUGGUAUUUCAGUUCUGCUAUCAUAUUUUGGGAAAGGAUAUUGAUAUGCUGAAAUGCAUCAGAGGAGGGUAAUGAGAGUGGUGCCAUACCAAAAAAGCAUCAACUGGAGGAAUUAGGGAUAUUUAAGCUGGGAAAGAGAGGACUUAAGAGGAGGGAUAUGCUAGUUGUUUCCAAGUAUCUGAAGUGUAGUUGGAUGGAAGAAGGUUUGGGAUAAUUCUGCUUGGCCUCAGAGAGGAGAACUAAAAGCAUUGGGUAGCACUUGUGAUUUGGACCAUACAAGAAAGCACUGCCUGAUAAAAAGUGGAAUGGGUUAUACCUCAAGUGAGUUCCCCUUUUCUGGAGGUCUUCAAGCAGACAUUAGAAAACCAUUUUGGGGGGAUGCUGUAGGGGAAUAUCUUCUCUUGAGUGUGGGUUGGACAAGGCAUCCUCUGAGGUCCCUUUGCAGCUGUGAGAUUCUGUGAUUUCCUGAUUCUGGAACUACUGAACUGUUAUCCCUAUGCUGAAUGAGUCCCAUGCCGACUGAGUGCAUCAGAGUGGAAGGUUCAUGUUUGCCACUAGUGCCUCAUCUGCCCAUUUAUCAUUUGCUGCUGGGAUCCUUCCCCCAGAGCAGAAUUUUCUGUAAGUAAAAUAGUAGCUAUUUCUUGGCUACAUAAUCACUCCCCUUCAUUCACAGUAGAUAUUUCUUAGCUACAUAACCAUUCCCCUGCAUUCCACCCCUCCCCACCAAUCUCCUUUACACAAACAUGCUUGGAGCUCAGAGCUCAAGUCUGAUGAGUCAGUGUUCACUUCAGAGUAGCAUUGCCUUAUCUUUCCUAAUUACCAAUGGGGCCAUCACUCUCUAAUUGGGUCAGAUUGUCAGUCAGAGAAAUGUUGUAAGUGUAAGUAUAUGAAGGAGGUUUAGUAGAAAUCCAUUUGAGGGGGAGGCCGGUGUGUGUGUGUGUGUGUGUGUGUGUGUGUGUGUAUGUGUGUGUGACUGAUGGGUAUGUUUAUGUCUACAUGACUCUGUGUCUGUGUUUGUAUUUGUAUGUCUGUGUAUGCUGAAGAUAGUUGUAUGUGUAUGACUGUAUGUAGAGAAUACAUGUUUGUAUCUGUGUUUGACUAUGUAUGAGUGAACAGCGUUUUGGCGUGUGACAGUGCUGAGCAUGUGAUUAUGUCUGAAUGUGACUGUAUUGAGCACGUACUGGUGUUUGUGUGUCUCUGUGUGCUGAGUGUGAUUGGGUGUGACUGUGUGUGCUGAAUAUGUGUUUGUAUCUCUGCACCACUAUGAGUGCUAAGAGUCUAUAUGGGACUGUUUGCUGAAGGUACGAGUUUGAGUAUACAUGACUGUAUGGUGAUUGUGUUUAUGCCUACACUUUUUGAAUACAUGUGCCAAUCCAACUAUAAACUGACCAAGUGAGGAAGGAAAUUGUCAGUCCAAUCCCUUUGUCAAGACUCCUUCUUGUCCCCUCCAUUGCCUCUGCCAAUCUCUUGAUCUUUUUACAUGUUCUUGUUUUUAACCAUCUGCCAGUCAAUCAACACAAGAUUGUCUCCUUAGAGCUCUAGUACAGAGUGUUUUGAGUGAAAUAUAAGAAAAAUGAGAAGUCUUGCUUCUUGGUCUUUGAAUUUAUAGGUUAGUUGGGGAGACAGGAGACAUGCCUGAGACAACCUAACAUUUUGAAAUAGCGUAUCAGCAAGUACACCUUAAAGACAUAAGAAAUGAAGCUGAGUAUGCUGAGGGGACCCAGAGAUCGGAGCAUGAUGAGCAAAUUAGGAGAAAUCUUGAAAGAGGUAGCUUUGAACUGGGCUUUGUAGGAGGUGGUUGACAUAAAGUGGUCUUGUGUGUUCUGUUCUCUCACUAUGAGAUAAAUGGUAACUAGCCCCUACUAAUUCAAAGAUGCUUCAUUCCUGUCUUCUGAAUGAAGUUUUCCUAUGACGGCUUCUUGUGAAGUUGGAGCUACCAUAGCUAGUCCUGGGACGAAGUCUCAGGAAACCAGAUGGACAGAGCCUAAAUGUUGCCCUCAAAUUGAUCCAAAGUAGACAAGGCUCCAUGUUCUCAAGGAUCUGACCUGUGGUUUGGCUUAUCAUGUAUGUGCCAAAGGGAAUGACAAGAAAUCUCCAGUGCAUUGAGAUUACCCUCCUUUUUUUUUUUAAAGCCACAAAAGUGGGGUUUAAAAGUGGGAUUAGACAGAGAUUUUUCAGUAAGGCCCAUAGAAGCUCUCCCCCUGCUCCUAGUUUGGGGUUUGGCUUUAAUUCAGGGAGGGAACUUUGUGCUUGUCCAAAACUGCCAGUGAGUGAGUGAUGCCGGGGAACCAUGGGAUACCACUAGGGGAGAAUUCUUCCUUUGCAGUCCUGAGGAGGUGUGUAUGCCAUGCAACAAAAAUCUCUCAGUCCUGGGGAGGAAAGAAAAUGUUUUAAAGUUGCCAAGUAUUUAAUACGUUUCUUUUUACUUCAUGCAAUUUUUCAAGGGGCUGUACAGACAUUUGGACAAAUUGCCUUAAUGUGCUUUGGCGGAAACUCUCUCAGCUGCCACCAUUUGGAGAGUGGACAUCAUUGUCUGAGUGGGCCCCUCCGAGCCCCAAAGAGGUCAGGUUUUCCAAGUGCUGUGACUUACUCACUGGCAGGCUCUGACCAGUGAUCUGGGCCUGCUAUGGGGGAUGUGACAGGGUGGUGGUUAGUGAAGGAAGGCUGAGCCCAGCCAACGGGGGGAGAAAGGGCCUGACCCCUGGAUCCCCGAAAUGGAUCUGAUUCCACAUGAGGAACAAAUGUUCCACUGAGCCAGCCUCUGGUUCCUUCAUAUCUUCUAUCGAGUCUGUGAGUUCACAUUUACUUAAUAAAAACAGAGGCAGAUCAGAAUAUUGGGCUUGCCCUGCAGUGACUUUAAACCUCUUUGGAUGGACCUUAAUCUACGCGUCAUGAGGCAAUUUUGCUAGUCUCUACACAAUUGCAUAAAUACACUUCUAUAUAUGCUGUGAUACACCCACAUACACACACACACACACACACAUACACACGCUGUCACACCGACACCCCCACACCCAUACCCCCCUGCCACACACACACACUCACUCUCCCAUUUCCUAAGUCUCACUUGUACUCCCUGGUGAACAUUAACAUUUGGUUGUCUUUUGGCUAGCAAAGAUGGCUGCUUAGCUUCCUCUCAUUUGCUCUGUUGCCUUGGCUGUUUUGCACUUUUGUUUGUGCUCCAAAGAAUAUUUCAUAAUGCCUUCGGUACUGACGUACACCUUGAAACAUUUUGUAUGUAUUGGAUGGUUCACACUUCUCUUGUAAAAUA